AUGGCCGGGCUCCGGAAGCCGGGAUGGGAACUACAAUGUCCAGAAGGCGCUGGGCGUCUGUUCGCAGCCCGCAUUGGACCAAUAAGGCCAGGGAGGGGGCUGGACUUCCGGCCUUCAGGACUGUCACUUUACUGCCCGGCGUCGGGCCACACCGGCGGCGAGCGGCUUCGCUCCCCCAGCCUCGGUUUCCCCGAGCGUACGGUGGGCGGUGCCGUGGGACCGUCGGUGCGCGCCCCGCGCCACGUGCUCCCCGGGGCCUCAGCGGCCGCGGGUAUCAGCGUCUUGGAUAUUCUGCGCGUUGGCAGCCGAGGAGACGGGCCCAACGCUGCCGGCCCCCAGCCGCGGGCCGGGUCGGCGGGGCCCGGGUCCCAGCCCAGCUCACCUGCUCCUGUCGGCCCGCCCACGGGGUCAGAUGGCAACGGUGGUGGCGCCGACGGACCCGGCGCGGCCAAGGGCGUGAAGGGCUUGGUGGCCUUCGAGGAUGUGGCUGUGUACUUCUCCCAGGAGGAGUGGGGGCUCCUUGACAUGGCCCAAAGAGCCCUGUAUCGUCAUGUGAUGCUUGAGAACUUCGCACUCACGGCCUCACUGGGGCCCACAGCCUCCCGACCCCCAGUGGUUAUCCAGCUUGAGCGUGGCGAGGAGCCCUGGGUUCCCAACAGGAAGGACACGGCCCCAGUCACAGCAAGGAAAGGCCAGAGGAGGCCUAGCCCUGGUUCCCGGUGUCCAGCAGACAAUGGGGAUGUUUCUAAAGAAACGGCCUUGCUGGAUAGUCCUCCUCUGCCAACGUCUCCCAGAGUCCUUCCCCCUGCUGGCACCUGUGACCUGGGGGAACAGCAAAGUGCCUUUCCAUCUGGGGAGAGAAAAUCCACUGGGGUGUCCAUGAUCUACUGGGAGAAGCUCCUGCCAGGCUCCAACAGCGGUGAGGCGAGCAUCAGCUUGCGGCUGACCACCCCACUGUGGGCUUCGGAGAGUGGCCUCCCCAAGGGGCGGGUCCUCACAGAUGGCCCGGCACCAGGGAAGCAGCUGACGGUGCAGGCGCAGCAGAAGCCAUACAUGCGGGAGGCCCCUGGGAGAACCUUCUCGCGUGUCUCGGUUCACGCUGGGGGUAAGCUGCCCUCGUGCAGGCAAGAAGCGCUGGCCAUUCUGACCAGGGAAACUCAGGCACUGCCCACCGGCCAGGAGCCGCACGAGCUGGGUGAGGCCCUGCACUCUGGCGCUGGCCUGCUCCCCGGGGAGAAGCCCUUCGAAUGCCGGGCCUGCAGUAAGGUGUUCGUUAAGAGCUCUGACCUGCUCAAGCACCUGCGCACCCACACCGGGGAGCGGCCCUACGAGUGUGCCGAGUGCGGCAAGGCCUUCAGCCAGACAUCGCACCUGACGCAGCACCAGCGUAUCCACAGCGGCGAGACGCCGUACGCGUGCCCAGUGUGCGGCAAGGCCUUUCGGCAUAGCUCCUCGCUGGUGCGCCACCAGCGCAUCCACACGGUGGAGAAGGCCUUCCACUGCGGCGAGUGCGGGAAGGCCUUCAGCCACGGCUCCAACCUCAGCCAGCACCGCAAGAUCCAUGCAGGCGGGCGGCCCUACGCCUGCGCGCAGUGCGGCCGCCGCUUCUGCCGCAACUCGCACCUGAUCCAGCACGAGCGCACGCACACCGGCGAGAAGCCGUACGCCUGCGCGCUCUGCGGCGCCGCCUUCAGCCAGGGCUCGUCGCUCUUCAAGCACCAGCGCGUGCACACCGGCGAGAAGCCCUUCUCCUGCGCGCAGUGCGGCCGCGCCUUCAGCCACAGCUCCAACCUCACGCAGCACCAGCUGCUGCACACCGGCGAGCGGCCCUUCCGCUGCGGGGACUGCGGCAAGGCCUUCGCCAAGGGCGCUGUGCUCCUCAGCCACCGGCGCAUUCACACCGGGGAGAAGCCUUUCGUGUGUCCAGAGUGCGGCCGCGCCUUCCGCGAGCGCCCAGCCCUCUUCCACCACCAGAGGAUCCACACUGGUGAAAGAACUGGGCGGCGGCCCAGGGCCGGCAGUGGCCGGCCCCUUCAGCCCAAGCCUCUUCCCACCACGCCAUCAGAGAGUGCCCUAGGAAGGGGAGCCAGUCACAUGCCCUCUGCAGGCCCCAAGCCCACGGAAGCCUGA